AUGAUGUGCGGCCAGUUGCCAUUUGAGGAUGCAGACAUCCAGCAACUCUUCAAGAAGAUCCUAAGUGGGGUUUACACCACGCCGGCUUUCGUCACGGACCGGGCGAAGGAUCUUCUUGCUGGUCUCCUGAGGGUAGACCCAGCAAGGCGCUUCACAACGAUGGAUGUGCGCGCUGAUCCCUGGUUCGAGGAGCCGGGCGUCACUGCAAUGGCAAGCGAUGCUGCGUCGCCUAAGGUAACAGUGAUACAAGAUGCAAUGGGCAUCAAGGCGUGGGUGAAGCUCCAAAGGCCACGGGUACGUUUGCUUCCAAAUUUUCGCAAGGUUUUCUGA